AUGGUUGCCUCAGAAAACUACCUCACGAACGUCAUGGAAGACCAGCAUGUUCCCCCUUCGCUGAGCGACGAGAAGUCUGCCAACGACCGCCUGUCUACACCUCCUGGUGGAAAGCUGGAAGACAGCACAACAGAAAACAACGGAAAGGAGGCAAACGAGGCGCUCAAAAGCGACUCACCGCGCCCGGUACACGGAGUGAAGUGGGUUCUGGUCGUCGUUUCUCUGCUCGCCUCUUUCCUGAUUUAUUCUCUCGAUGUGACGAUUGUGGCAACAAUCCAGCCGGCCAUCGUCCUCACGUUCGGCCACGUCGACCUCGUCCCAUGGCUGGCCGCUGCUUUUGCUCUGGCAUCGGCCGCGACCGUACUCCCCUGGUCCAAAGCAUAUGGUACCUUUUCCGCCAAAAUUCUCUUCAUUAGCGGGACGGUCUUGUUCAUGGCCGCAUCGGCCCUGUGCGGCGCCGCCCCCGAUAUCAACGCCUUUAUCGUCGGUCGUGCUUUAGCCGGCGUCGGUGGUAUCGGUAUGUAUAUGGGCAUCAUGACUAUCCUUUCCGUCAACACGAGCGAGUCGGAACGUCCACGCUACCUUGGCAUGUUGGGCUUUUUCUGGGGCAUUGGUACUGUUUUGGGCCCCGUCGUCGGCGGUGCCUUUGCCGAAAGCUCGGCCACUUGGCGAUGGGCCUUUUACAUCAACCUGAUCGUGGGGGCUGUCGUUGCUCCCAUCUAUGUUUUCAUCCUACCCGAUUUUAUCCCUCAACCUGGCGUUUCCCUCAAAGAGCGACUGGCACAGCUGGAUUACCUUGGAGCUCUGGGAUCCGCUGGGGCAUUUUUGUGCAUUAUGAUGGCUAUGAACUUCGGAGGUGUUCUUUGGUCGUGGAACGACGGAAGAAGCAUCGCCUUAUUUAUACUGGCUGUGGUCAUUGCUGUGGCUUUUACGCUGCAGCAGGUGUUUUUAAUCAGGACCUCGAUGCAGUAUCGCAUGUUCCCCAUGCACUUUUUCAAAAACCGCACCAUGGUUAUUCUGUUUGGUAAUAUGAUGUGGGCUGCCUUUGGUUGCCUUAUCAGCAUCUACUAUUUACCUCUUUAUUUCCAGUUUUCCCGAGGCGCCACGGCCAUGGAAACGUCUGUUUACAUGCUGCCCUUUAUUUUGUUCCUGUCCGUCGCUGUCCUUCUGAACGGCCAUUUUAUGGCCAAGACUGGCUAUUACUACCCUUGGUUCCUUUUCGGCACUGCUCUUCAGGCAAUCGGUGCCGGCCUUAUGUAUACGGUCGACGAAACAACCCCCGACGCCAAAAUAUACGGCUAUACCCUCCUACUCGGCUUCGGCGUGGGCUGCUACUCCCAGGCCGGGUUUCCAGUCGCGCAGGUCUCCGUGGCGGCCGGCGAUAUCCCCUACAGCGUCGGGUUCAUGAUGGUCAGCCAGAUGCUCGGCAUCGCGCUCGGCACCGGCAUGGCGGGUGCGCUCUUCGUCAACACCGCCCACCAUGGCCUGUCUGCCAUCUUCCCCCACGCGUCCCCCGACGAGAUCUCGUCGGCUGCCAGCGGCGCCAGCAGUGCCCUUCUCAACGCCGCCGAUCCCGACACCCGAGCUCGCGCCGUUCACGUUAUCGCACUUGCCAUACGCAACGCAUUCGUGCCCAUGGUGGUCAGCGGCGCCAUCGCCUUUCUGUCCAGUCUCUUCCUGAAGCGGGAGAAGGUUUUUGUUCCACAGGCGAUGGCUGGUUGA